CUCACGUCUCCUAGGCUUCUUUCCUUUUUUUUGAUAUUACAACACACGCGCUACAGUACCCCCGUGCGCACCCACGUCGCCCUAAAACUCGAACGCGGGCGGGUCGCGUCGCGUGGAGCUACGCUCGGUUCGCACGUCUCCUAGGCUUUCUAACUAGCUUCUCCUGAUUGCCAUGGGCACCUUCCCCUACCACAGAGCCGGAAUGGCGGCGCAGCUCUUGCUGACAAUGCUGCUGGCGGUGGCGGCGGUGGGCGACCCGCCGUUCUCGUGCGGCCCGUCUUCGCCGUCGCGGGCUUACCCGUUCUGCGACCGUUCGCUCCCUGUGGCGCGGCGCGCGGCGGACCUGGUGUCGCGACUGACGGUGGCGGAGAAGGUGUCCCAGCUGGGCGACGAGGCGGCGGGUGUGCCGCGGCUGGGCGUGCCGCCGUACAAGUGGUGGUCGGAGGGGCUGCACGGGCUCUCCUACUGGGGCCACGGCAUGCGGUUCAACGGCUCCGUCCGCGGCGUCACCAGCUUCCCGCAGGUGCUGCUCACCGCCGCCGCCUUCGACGAGGGCCUCUGGUUCCGCAUCGGCCAGGCGAUCGGCCGGGAGGCCCGGGCGCUCUACAACCUCGGCCAGGCGGAGGGGCUCACCAUCUGGUCCCCCAACGUGAACAUCUUCCGCGACCCGCGCUGGGGCCGCGGCCAGGAGACCCCCGGCGAGGACCCCGUUACGGCCAGCAAGUACGCCGUCGCCUUCGUCAGGGGACUGCAGGGGAGCUCACCCGCAGGGGCUCCGGCGCCGCUGCAGACCUCCGCGUGCUGCAAGCACGCCACGGCCUACGACCUCGAGGACUGGAACGGCGUCGCGCGGUACAACUUCGAGGCCCGGGUGACGGCGCAGGACCUGGCGGACACAUUCAACCCGCCGUUCAGGAGCUGCGUGGUGGACGGGAAGGCUAGCUGCGUCAUGUGCGCCUACACGGGGAUCAACGGCGUGCCGGCGUGCGCCAGCUCCGACCUGCUCACCAGGACGUUCAGAGGGGACUGGGGCCUCGACGGGUACGUCUCGUCCGACUGCGACGCGGUAGCCAUCAUGCGCGACGCGCAGCGGUACGCGCCCACGCCGGAGGACACCGUCGCCGUUGCACUCAAGGCUGGAUUGGACCUGAACUGCGGGACCUAUACACAGGAGCACGGCAUGGCCGCGAUCCAGCAGGGGAAGAUGACUGAGAAGGACGUCGACAAGGCCCUCACCAACCUCUUCGCCGUCCGGAUGCGGCUCGGCCACUUCGACGGCGACCCUCGCGGCAGCGCGCCGUACGGAGGCCUCGGCGCCGCGGACGUGUGCACGGCAGAUCACAAGAACCUCGCGCUCGAGGCGGCGCAGGACGGCAUCGUUCUGCUCAAGAACGACGCGGGCAUACUCCCGCUGGACCGGUCCGCGGUAGGCUCUGCCGCUGUCAUCGGCCACAACGCGGACGACCCGCUCGUGCUCCUCGGCAACUACUUCGGACCGCCGUGUGAGUCCACGACGCCACUGAAGGGGCUCCAGGGCUACGUGAAGAACGUGAGGUUCCUGCCUGGGUGCAACUCGGCGGCGUGCCCCUUCGCGGCGACGGGCCAGGCGGUCGCGCUGGCGAGCUCGUCGGACCACGUGUUCCUUUUCAUGGGGCUGAGCCAGGAGCAGGAGAAGGAAGGGCUCGACAGGACGAGCCUGAUGCUCCCGGGCAAGCAGCAGAGCCUCAUCACCGCCGUCGCCAGCGCGGCGAAGCGGCCGGUGAUCCUGGUGCUCCUCACCGGCGGCCCCGUGGACAUCACGUUCGCGCAGUCGAACCCCAAGAUCGGCGCCAUCCUGUGGGCCGGCUACCCGGGCCAGGCCGGCGGGCUCGCCAUCGCCAGAGUCCUCUUCGGCGACCACAAUCCCAGCGGGAGGCUGCCGGUGACGUGGUACCCGGACGAGUUCACCAAGGUGCCCAUGACUGACAUGAGGAUGCGCGCCGACCCGGCCACCGGCUAUCCCGGCCGAAGCUACCGCUUCUACCGCGGCAAGACCGUCUUCAAGUUCGGCUACGGCCUCAGCUACUCUAAGUUCUCGCGUCGGCUAGUCACUGGCAGCAAAAACCCGGCGCCCAGCACGAACCUACUCGCCGACCUUACAGCGACAUCCGAAGACACCGCAAGCUACUACCACGUUGACGACAUCGGUGCCGACGGGUGUGAGCAGCUAAAGUUCCCGGCCGAGGUGGAGGUGCAGAACCACGGCCCCAUGGACGGCAAGCACUCGGUGCUCAUGUUCCUCCGGUGGCCCAACGCAACCGACGGCCGGCCGGCGAGCCAGCUGAUCGGGUUCCGGAGCCAUCACCUCAAGGCAAGGGAGAAGGCCAGCGUUAGGUUUGACGUCAGCCCGUGCGAGCACUUCAGCAGGGCGAGGGAGGACGGCAAGAAGGUGAUCGACAGAGGGUCCCAUUUCCUCAUGGUUGGCAAAGACGAAUGGGAGAUCAGCUUUGAAGCAUGAGCUUCAGAUGGCAGGGAAACAAGUAUAUUUUACAGGUUGAAGCGGUGCAAUUCUUUGGUUAGUAACAGGAAUUCAUCAUAUGACAGCAAUUGUUGCGAAAUUUAUCAUUCAUAGUUGCCUCAAAAAAUUGAGGCUUUUAUAGUAAUUUAUCAAUAAACAUGCUUACAUGUCAAAUGUAACCAUGUUUACUUGUCAAGUGUAGCUAAAUUAUUGUUCAUUCAAUAAAUGAUGGAUGUCUAUGAAGUGGGAAAAAUA